GUCACCUCUUGGGGCGAAUCACCGGACUGGAUCCGGCUAGUCCGCUGUUCAGGAACAAUUACCUCAGGGAAAACCACAAGAAACUGGAUAGGAGCGACGCUAAAUUGGUGGAUGUCAUUCACACCGAUUCCAGUCCGUUCCUGACGGACGGUUUUGGUUUAUACGAGCCGAUAGGGCACGUGGAUUUCUACCCGAACGGGGGGCAGGACCAGCCCGGGUGCAACGACGUGGCGGAUUCCGUGGUGGUCUCUCAUUUCGAGCGCGGCCUCUCCAAGGAGCUGGUGUGCAGCCACGUCAGGGCGUUCCUGCUGUUCAGGGAGUCGCUGCAGAACCUGCUGGAGCGGCGGGGCGGCGGGGACGCGUGCGAGUUCGUGGCGUACAAUUGCGCGGGGGAAAUGGCCGCCUUCGAGCGGGGCGAUUGCUUCCCGCAGAUUCGCAACGGCAGCGCGGGGAAGUACGGGAGCGACGUCGGUCGGUUCGGGGAGGACGUUAGAGGUGAAGGCGUGAUGUUUCUGUCGACCAGAGGGGAAUCCCCGUUUUGCGGCACUCAGUUGCAAGCUAUAAUGAAAUUAUCACACAAAUGCGGACCGUUGAAAGGGAUUUUACAGAUACAGUUGAGCAACAAAAAUCACACUACUUUCACACCUGCGAUUAUUCAAAUACAGUUUAGGGAAACGGAUGCACCUAGCAGAACAGUGUACGGGAUAGCCUCUACUAAUUACAAAACUAUUCCUGAAAAUAUGACGAAAAUGCAGGCUAAGUUCAGUUAUUUUAAUAGUGCGAGUAAAUCGAAUCAAACUGAUGAGAUUGAUGAGCCUGUAAUAUAUUUCGACAAAAUUACAGUACGAGAUAUGUAUGGAAACCGCUGGCUCUAUUGUCAGAAAAAUACGCAAAUAUUGGAUUCCAACGGACAAAUUUAUAAUUUAUUAACCGUAUCGUUAACGAAAAACAGUUGUUCCUAAUUAUUAAAAAUCGAAAAUUGUACAAAUCACACUUAUACUUUUUA